GAGUGUGCAAGGCUGCUGGGCAAAUGGAGCAGCGCAGGUCCAGGGGGGCCCGACCCUAUAAAAACGCAGGCUAGGGUCUCUCCCCCGACAUUGAUAUUACUGGAUCUGUCCCACCUCAGUACCGUCUAGAGAAAGCCCCAAGGGGAGACACAGCAGCCAUGAACACUCAACAGAUGGAGCAGAUGGGCCAGUUCAGGAUCACCGUCUGGGAGGAGGAGAACUUCCAGGGAAAGCGCUGCGAGUUCAUGCUGGAAUGCCAGAACAUCAUGGAGAGGGGCUUCAACAAGAUCCGCUCCAUCAAGGUCGAGAACGGGCCCUGGGUGGGCUAUGAGUACCCAGAGUUUCAGGGACAGCAGUUCAUCCUGGAGAAGGGAGACUAUCCUCGUUACGAGGCCUGGAGCGGGAACAGCGGCUACAGAACCGAGCACAUGCUUUCUUUCAGACCCAUCAAGUGUGCCAACCACAGUGACAGCAAGGUGACCUUGUACGAGUGUGAAGACUUUCAGGGGCGUAAGUUUGAGAUGUGCGACGACUACCCCUCCCUACAGGCCAUGGGCUGGUGCAGCAAGGAGGUUCCCUCCAUCAAAGUCAACUCGGGAGCCUGGGUGGCCUACCAGUUCCCUGGUUACCGUGGCUACCAGUACAUCCUGGAGCGAGACAGACAUCAAGGCGAGUACAGAAACUACAAUGAGUACAGCACCCAGGCUCACACCAACCAGGUGCAGUCCAUUCGUCGGAUCCAGCACUAAGCUUCCACUCUGCCUGAAAACAAGUAAAUAAAACGGAAAUCCAACGCUUCCCCACCUCGAACCCUGGACAUUCUUCUGUCACGGAAAAGCGGAUGGAAUAAUGCUUUCUAUCACUCUGUGGCUCUGGAUGUAUGGAUAUCAAAGGGCAUACUUCUGCUACCAUGCUGAAGCAUGACCUUGAAAUAGGAAAUAAAGGCUUUUCUUCAAAACUA